GCCACAAAAAGUCAAUGUUAUAGAUGAAAAACUAUAAUCAUUUUAAUUCAAUAUUGACACCCCAGCAUCUUGCUAUAAUGCGAAAGGUUCCAAUCGAACCCUCUGCUUUAUAGCAGUAGAGGAAGGAACUCGUAAAAUCCUAACAGCUUUUAUGUAGUGCGGUAUAAACAACAACAACAUCCCCGACUUUAUGGCGUUUUAUAGUUUGUUAAGCAGUUUACAGCCUUUUUUGGGGGCUAUUACAAAUGCAAUUCCCUUCAUGCGAUAGUUAAACCUUUAUCAAUAAUAAGGAAAUUGAUCAUUAAAAUGUUAAAUAUGACUACCUCGUUUGUUUUAAAAUAUGUUUAGGAUAAGAAGCUGUAUGAUUUGAUAACUUGUAUUAAAAUACCAAUUACAUUUAUAGGACCUUUUAAAACGGGUAGCAAUUAAAUCGUGUUCUUUUACAGUUUUCCAAAGCGACCCUGACAUUUAAAAAGGCUAAAACUGCCUCGUUAAAUUUUUGAAAUUAACGAGGGAGAGCGCCUCUCUUUAAUUUUCCAACACUCCCCAAAAAUCAAUCUUUUGGGUGGUCUAGGUAUUUGAUUUGUUGUGAGGCGAGAGAUAUCUCAUUAAUGUAGCUAGUUAAACAUAUUUAAUCCGUAUAUGCACCCCACCUCUCCCUCUCUCCCUCCCUCUCUCCCUCUCUGGCUUUUCCUUCUUUAUUCUCUCACACUCUUCCUUUCACAAUCAUGCAGUGCAGAGUCCGUGUGGAGUAAGGAGAAGCCAAUCGGAUGAGGUUUUGGUAAUAGAUGCAAAUGAUCAUGAAAAGACACUGCAAAAUAUGAAACAACUCAUUUGCGCCGAAGUAAAUCACUGAAAACUGUUUAUGAACUGACUGGCACCUCUUCUUGGAAAUGUAAAGCGAGAACUCCUAUAAGUGGCGAUUUUUUUUUAGGGGGGGGGGAAGAAGCAAGAAUUCAGUAUCAUGCAGCCUUAGAGUUUUGAUUAUAUCCUCCUUUUAUAUUCCUGGAAAUCACAAACUGUUGUUGUCGAGCCUCUUAGCUCUUUCUGCGCUGCUAGAUUCCCGUGGUUUAGGGGGAAAAAAUUAAAAUGAGCUCUUAUUUUGUCAACUCACUGUUCUCCAAAUAUAAAACCGGGGACUCUCUGCGCCCCAACUACUAUGACUGUGGCUUUGCUCAGGACCUGGGAGGCAGACCCACAGUUGUGUAUGGACCCAGCUCGGGGGGCAGCUUUCAGCAUCCGACCCAAAUUCAGGAGUUUUACCACGGAGCACCCUCUCUCUCCAGCUCCCCUUACCAACAGAGUCCCUGCGCGGUAGCCUGCCACGGGGACCCCGGCAACUUCUAUGGCUACGACCCACUGCAGAGACAGAGUCUGUUCGGGACGCAGGAACCGGACUUGGCGCAGUACGCGGAUUGCAAGCUGGCGUCCAGCGGCCUUGGGGAAGAGGCGGAGAAUUCAGAGCAGAGCCCUUCUCCCACACAGCUUUUCCCUUGGAUGCGGCCGCAAGCCGCUGGACGCAGAAGGGGGCGGCAGACCUACAGUCGGUACCAAACCUUGGAGCUGGAGAAGGAAUUCCUCUUUAAUCCCUACCUGACCCGCAAGCGGAGGAUCGAGGUGUCGCACGCGCUGGGACUGACCGAAAGGCAGGUUAAAAUCUGGUUCCAGAACAGAAGGAUGAAAUGGAAAAAGGAAAACAACAAAGACAAGUUUCCCAGCAGCAAAUGCGAGCAGGAAGAACUGGAAAAACAGAAAAUGGAAAGAGCCCAGGAGGUGGAUGAGGAAGGGGAAGCACAGAAGGGGGAGAAGAAAUAAGGUUUUUCAGAACUGAGAGACAAGCACUAAGGUCUGGCGAGAUUCCGGCUCUUACAUUAAUGGCAGUUAAUGUAAGGGGAGGGGGAGCAAUGCAUAGAAAAGAGAAAAAACCCUUUUAUUGCUGUCAAACAAUAUAGCUGUAAGCCCCCACUUUUCCUGAUUGUCCUUUGGUACAAUGAACAGUAUGCAAAAGAGAUCCGGAGGUCUUUCUAGCCUUUUGCCAGUUAUUAACUAGUGGUAGUGUAUCGCAAUAGCUUAUGUAAAACAUGACUGUGAAUUCUCUCUCUCUCUCUUCUUUAUGGGGGGGUUAACUCUGCUUUCAAUGCUAUAGGAGUUUAUGUGAAAUUACAUUGUGCACUUUUUAAUCACCCUCCUUUUUUUGUUGUGGUCAGCUGUAUGAUAUUGGAGGUAGCUAUGAAAACAGACACCCAACAACAUGAAACUGCCUAUUUAUGCUGUAGUUACCUCUUUCUACUCCCUCUCUCUCUCUCGCUUUCUCUCUCUCUCUCUUUUAUGUUUAUUAUUUGGUCACUUUCCUUUCCUUCCUGAUUUGGGGUGGGAUUUGUUCUUUUAUUUUUGUUCACAAUUUUGUCUUUUUUAGUGUCUCUGGCCCCCAAAACCUCUUUCCUCUCCUUUAGUUAGCAUGCGCACAGUGAAGCAAGUUGUAAAGUGAUCCUUAGGUUUACUGUGAAAAAAAGAAUGUAUACUGUAUCCGUGAAUUACUUUAUGGGGGGAACUAAUGAUAUAUUUUGUUGUUCUUUCAUCACUUUGUUCUAUUGUCUAAACCUGGAAGCGGCGGAAGAAAGUUACAAUAAAGUUUACAAGUGAGAAUCCCGUGA